ACAUUGACGUCGGACACAAUAAUUGACCUAGUGUUUUCAAAUGUAGAUUUGUGUAUUGAUGUGUUGUCUACACCAAGGGUGUCAGAUCACAACAUUAUUGUUAUAAACUCAGAUUUAAAUAUUGAACAAAGUAAAAAUCUAAGCGUGACAAUAAAGAGAAACUACAACAAAUUUGAUCCAAACAUAUUUUGUGAUAUUUUUGUUGAUAGAUAUAAGAUAGAUAUUAAUGACGAUUUAGAUGCAGUAAUUAAUAAAUUUGAUAGUAGUAUAACAUAUGCUCUCGAUGUAGUGGUACCAAAGACAGAAAAAAUUUUUAAACCUAAAUGUUACGGUAAAAAAUGGAUUACAAAAGAGUUAAUUGAAAAAAUGAAGGAAAGAGAUCGAUUAUUCUUCGUAUCUAAAAAAUUCGGAAUAGAAGAUGAUAUCAAUAAUUAUAAAAGACUAAGAAAUGAUAUUGUAGAUGAAUUAAGAAGAUGCAAAAGAGAACAUAAUGAUAAUAAUAUAGAUGCAAAUAAAAAUAACGGAAAAAUUCUUUGGAGAGAACUAAAAGAACUGAUAGGAAGUAAAAAAACUCAAUCUAAUAUUGAGAGUAUUGAAUGUGAUAAUAAGAUUAUAUAUGAUAAUUUAGUGAUCUCCAAUGAAUUUAACCAUUAUUUCAUUGAUAGUAUUGAGAAAAUUGUUUAUGAGAUAGGAUUUGAUCAAUUAAAGGAUGUAGUUAGUGAUAAUAGUAAUAAUCAGAAGUGGGAUAGUUUUGAUAGAGUGUAUGUAAAUGAUUUAGAUAAGAUUAUACAGAGUUUGGAUAAUAAAAAAGGAUUUAAUAAUGAUGUUAAUUCUGUAAAUUUAAAACAUUUAUGGAAUUUUGAUAAGAAUAGCAUAUUAGAGAUUAUGAAUAAAUCAUUAGAAUCUGGUGUUGUACCUGAUUGUUUGAAAGUUUCAAGAAUCGUACCGAUUCAAAAAAUAAAAGAUAGCAUAAAAUUAACUGACUUUAGACCAAUAAAUACACUGCCAGUAUUAGAACAAGUAUUAGAGAGUAUAGUAAAAUCACAGUUAGAAAAAUUUAUUGUUGAAAAUAAAAUAUUGAACGAGGAACAAUCUGGUUUCAGAAAGGAGCACUCAUGUGAAACAGCCAUGCAGUGCUCUUUGAUAGACUGGAGAAAUUAUAUCGAUAAAGGGUUAUAUGUAGGAGUUGUAUUUAUUGACUUUGCGAGAGCAUUUGAAACGAUAAAUAGAGAUAAAUUGUUGAUUAUAUUAAAAGAACUGGGAAUCGGUGGCAAUGUGUUAAAUUGGUUUAAGUCAUAUUUAAAUAAUAGGAAACAGGUGGUACAAUUUAAUAAUUGCGUAUCUGAUCAAAAAAUUGUUAAACACGGAGUACCUCAAGGCUCUAAGUUAGGUCCACUGUUGUUUAUAAUAUAUAUAAAUGAUGUAAUUAGUUUAAUAAAAGACCAGGGUAUUGAGUGCAAACUUUUUGCAGAUGAUAUGAAAUUGUAUUAUUCUAGUAAAGAUGAAAAAGAAAUUGAAUGCAAAUUGAAUACGGGAUUGUUAAAACUUUCAGUAUGGCUGAAAGAACAUCAACUCAAAAUAAAUGUAAAAAAGACUGUAUUUAUGAUGCUACAUGAUGUAAGAAAAAAGUAUAAAAUGGGAAGUUGUAAAAUUAAGAUCAGUAACGAAAGUAUUGUUGAAGUGAGCGAAACAAAAUAUUUAGGUGUAAUAAUAGAUAAUAACUUAACAUUUCAAAAUCAUUUAAUUGAAACAGGAAAAAAAAUAGCUAAAAAACUAAAUAUAAUUUAUCGAUUAAAUAAGUCAGUAAGUCCAUGGACAAAGAAUACCAUUUAUAAGGCAGUAAUCGGUCCCCACUUUGACUACUGUGCUAGCUUAAUGAUGAAUUACAAUCAACGACAAUUAAAUGUAUUGCAAAAAAUCCAAAAUAGAGCUAUGCGUAUUGUGUUAGGUGUAAAUAGAUAUACAAGGACAAGCGAAAUGUUAGCAGCAUUAGGAUGGAUGAGUGUAAGUCAGUUAAUGGUAUACAGAUGCUGUAUAUUAAUACAUAAAAUUAAAAUAGGGCUGGCACCUUCUUAUUUGGUGAAUAAAAUCUCUUUUGUUGGUGAAUAUCAUGAUUAUAACACUAGACAAAGAAAUGAAGUACAAAUUAAAUUUACAAGAACGCACACCGCAGAAAAGUCCUUAAUUUAUCGCGGGUUUGUAUGGUACAAUCGCCUCCCUAAAACAACAAAAAAUGAAAAAAGACUGAAAAUAUUUAAAAUAGAUUUAAGAAAUUUUGUAAAGGAAAAUUAUUUACGUAAUCGGAAUUCUUGGUUAAAAGGGACUUGCUUCAGAAUAGCUUGGACCACUCGGUCACCGUCUAAUGUACCGAAAAAAACUUCAAAAAUGUUUCGCGGGCUAGUUUUCACGAGUUUUGUGAUUUUCAGCUGGACUGAUGUGCUCACUGGUUCUAUCACUACAAGCAACACUUUCAAUAUCACUUUGAUGAUAAAAAACAACCUGAACACUGCGGUGAAUCCUUGUGACAAUUCCUACCGCUUUGUGUGCGGUUCCUCGAGAAGAUUCGCUCCAAAACUAGAUAUUAUUUUAUAUACUGAUUUGGUUACCGUUCGUUUAACGGAUUUGAUCGAGGAAGGAACUGUUUUCAAGGGCAUUAGACCCUUCCAGCUGAUCGAUGACGUCUACAAGACCUGCAAGAGUAAUGCAGCCAUUGGGGAACAAGCUGUCAAGAGCUUGUUCCACGUCCUUGAGCAACUGGGCGGUUGGCCGUUACUGCAAGGUUCCCAGUGGAAGACGAAGAAUUACAAUUUGACAGACGUCACUCUUCGCAGCAAGUUGCUAGGAAUUUCCGUCAACCCGUUUCUGACUAUCGAACCGGUUGUCGUGUCUGAAAGCGCCCGAGGGACGACUAUAUUUUCCGUAUCCAUAGAUCCACCAGAAUUCAAUAGAUCCAUUACCAACGGAUGGGAUCCACUGCUAGUUGCCUACUCAACCUACCUUAAGAAAGUCUGCAAGUUGAUAGGCUGCCAAAAAAUGUAUUCCGACGAAUUCAAAGACAUUGUCGACUUAGAGUGGAAGCUUUCAGAAAUCUAUCACCGACGUAACUUUAUGAAGAACCUGACAUACAAGGAAUUGACAGAAAAUUACCCUUCAGUAUUAUGGUCAAAGCUCUUCUAUUCGCUGUACCCUAUCAGCAACGAGCAGCUUAACAUAUCCAACAUGACGUUCUUCGUCUCCACGAUGUUGUCUGAUGUAAUUGAGCUACUAGAUAAAACUGACCCUCGCGUGCUGUACAAUUACGCCAAUUGGAAAGUCUUUCAACACGCGAUUCCUUAUCUGACCAAAGAUUACCAAGAUCUGAAGCGUGAGUACUGCAAAACUCAGGAGUGUGAGGAUAUUCCGCUUGACAAAUGUCUUAAAGUCGUCUUCAAAUAUCUGCAACCUGCGGUAAAUUUGUUGUAUGCCAAGCGCUACUUUACCGAGGAAGUUGAUUCUCUUGUUAGUCACAUGGUAGCCAAUAUCAAGCGACAAACCAAGGACCUGAUCAGCAAAUCCAGUUGGAUGGACCAGGACACCAAGAAGGAGCACAUCGAUGCGAUAGACAACAUACCGGUGAUAAUUGGCUAUGCAGAAAAGAACAGCACGGAUGAUGAGUUUGUCAAGUACUACGAAGAAUUGGAGAUCGACACCUCAAAUUUCUUCCAGACGCUCAUGAAUCUGGAAGCGUUUGAUAGUCCGCGAAGAUUCUACAGCACCAACAGCUUAGGUCCGAGAAAUUUUAUCAAUCCGUUGCUUACUACUGCAAGUUUUUUAGGCGGUAAACUUUAUGUACCCAUGAAUAUGCUUCGAGAACCGUUUUUCAGCGUCAACUACCCAAUGAGUGUAAACUACGGUUUCAGUGGUAGGGCAAUCGCCAAGGCAUUGGCGAAAGGUAUCCUUCAUCGGCGAGAGCCGAGAAGCCAAGCUAUGAAGGAGAAAGUUGCGUGCUUCAGCAAACAGGUCGCGAAUUACACUACACAGCUUCCGUUCGAGACCAAUCUGCUUGUUGACGAAUACCUAGCUUUUAAGAUUUCUUACCAAGCCUACCAAUCAUGGUUGAUCUCAGUUUCUGGUGGAAGUGAGCCCAUGAUCCCGGAAUUGCCGUACUCUGAUCGUCAGAUAUUCUGGAUGAGCUCACUGCAGAACGGUUGUAAGCUACCCUGGAACAAAGAAAAAAUGAUUGAGGAUAAGUACUUUCCCUUUGAGUUCCGCAAGAUGAUAGAUCUCAGUAACAUUCCUGAGUUUUACGAUGAUUUCAAUUGUCAAAGCAAACCAUUCCUUGAGACACAUGGACCGUCGUGUACUCUUUUUUGA